UAAGUGCGUAGUAAUUAUGAAACAAUGUUUUGCAGGGAGAGUUGAACUUUACACGAAAGUAUGGGAACCAUACACAAGGGCCUCAAUGCUGUGACGGGACGGGAGCACAAAAAUAGAGCUCAGCGAAACCUGAGAGAGAUCAUGACCACUGCGUAAUCGGACGGAAGCAUCUAAUUAAAGAAGACUUAUUGUUGUUAACAACCGCAUCGUCAAUUCGCAGCGUCCUUCCUCCAUGUCGACUUCUCAGCUAGCCAGGAGAGCCUUGAACAAGAAUUUCAUAUGAAUAAAAUGAUUUUGGCCACCACAUUUUAAAAGAGACGGUUUACCACUACAAAUAAGAUAGCAUACAUAUGUAUAAUGCAGUUACACAAUACAUACAAACAUCGAAGAUAUGUCCGCAGGAAUUCAAAAGAAGCAGAGAAUACAAUACAGCUUCAUUCUCCCGAAUGUCACCGUGUCCAAUUUUCAUCCAACUUCGCUUCGCACUGUUCCCAUUCACCAGUUUUCUGGCGUGAUGCAACUCUGCAUUGCUCACUUUUCUCUACACUCGCACUGCUUCGGGUGCAGACUUUCUCUCACACGGAGAGAAAGCUCACUUUCUCUCUCUCGCUCUUCAACUCCACUUUCCAAAACUACACAUUCUCCUCUUUCCACUCCACUUUCUCCAAAGAAAAAAAGAAAUUCUCACCAUACCCCACUUUACCAUUACGCAUCUACUUUUCCCUACUUUCUCUUCCAAAACCAUAUAUCCACUUCAGCUUUCACUUCCACCUCCUCAGUCACCACGGACCCUCCGACCUCUCCAGACCGUACUCCAUUCCCUCUUGUGCUCUGUCUGAUGAAAUUGCUCAUAUUCCUCCUCCUGCCCCCACUGAUCCAUCCAUCCCACCACGACCACACCUACCCCACCCCACACCAAAAUAUCGACCUGGACCCUUCAAAACUUCGCUUCCUGGCAACAUCUGGACUGACAAACUCAUUCCAACAUCAUACUCACGGCAGGGACAAUAACAACCACUCCCCCACGGCCACGUUGCUCCACCACCUCCGCCAUAAACACCCCACCCACCAGAUCGAUUCGAUUGAAGAGUUGAUACUCAAGUUAAAAUUGAAACGUGCCCUUCGCUCACGUCGGCAUGGAAACCGACAGAAUUUUACUGGCAGUAACAUCGGCAUUAUCUCCGAGUUGUCCAAGAAGUUGAACAUGACGUGGCCACUGAAGCGUGUGAGUGUUAUUGAGGGGGACAUCUGGUUGGGGGGAUUGAUGAUGGUGCAUGAAAGAGAGGACGCUAUUAUUUGUGGGCCAGUCAUGCCGCAGGGCGGCAUUCAAGCCUUGGAAACCAUGCUGUACACCAUUGACUGGAUAAACAACAGGACAGCGGAUUUCAUCCCAGGAGUUAAGCUUGGAGCUCAUAUUUUGGACGAUUGUGACAAAGAUACUUAUGGACUCGAACAGGCGGUCGACUUUAUCAAAGGAUCCAUCUCCAACAUUGAUUCAUCCAUAAUCGACUCAUCCACCUGCGCUUCUGCGGACUCCUCCGCCCACCAGAAGCACAACGUGAUUGCGGGCGUGGUGGCCGCACCCUCAAGUGUGACAUCCAUCCAAGUUGCGAAUUUAUUGCGACUUUUUAGAAUUCCGCAGAUCUCCUUCUUCUCCACGUCGCCAGAAUUGUCAAACAAACAAAGGUUUGAAUACUUUUCGAGGACAAUUCCAUCCGAUAAGAACCAAGUGAAAGUUAUGGUCGAGCUGAUUAAAACGUUUGGUUGGACGUACGUUUCCAUCAUUUAUGAAGAGAGUACUUAUGGUAUCAAGGCUUUCGAAGAAUUGGAAAAGUUAUUGCCAGAGAACAAUAUUUGCAUCGCGACGAAAGAGAAACUCGUCAAGGAUUCGGGCGUUGCAGAGGAAAUUAUUUAUGAGCGCAUCGUAGAUAAAUUACUUCUCACUGGACAAGCUAAAGGAGUAAUAGUGUACGGGUCAGAUCAAGAAGUGAAAGGUCUCAUGGCAGCCGUAGGUAGGAGAAACGCUACAGGAAAUUUCUCCUGGAUCGGAUCCGAUGGGUGGUCAGCGAGAACAUUAGUUUCAAACGGAAAUGAAGCCGUCGUCGAGGGAACGCUAUCGGUUCAACCCAGAGCCGAAAAUGUUAAAGGAUUUAAAGAAUAUUUCUUAAAUUUGAGCCCUAAAACGAAUCUGAGAAAUCCUUGGUUUAUAGAAUUCUGGGAACAUCACUUUUCCUGCAAGUAUCCCAACUCCUCUCGAACCCCGUACAACCAGAAUUAUGACCGUUGGUGCACCGGGGAUGAGAAAUUGGACGUUUCGAUGGCAUUUGAGGAUCAAUUGCAAUAUGUGUCUGAUGCAGUGAUGAGCUUCGCGUACGCUUUUCGCGACAUGCAUCGAAAUUUAUGCAAUGGAACGUAUGGACUCUGCUCGAGAAUGAUUCCAGUGGAUGGGACCGAGUUGUUGAAUUAUUUAAGGAAAGUGGAAUUUGAUGGAUUAUCUGGAGAUUCGUUUCACUUUGAUGAAUUCCAAGAUGGUCCGGCACGCUAUAAUAUAAUCCAUUUUCGUCGCAAGGGCCCAAACAAUUAUAAAUGGAUUAGAGUCGGAGAUUAUAAUGAGGGAUUACUAACUUUAAACAUGAGCGAGAUCUGGUUUCCUUCAAAUACAUCAACACCACCGGUUUCCGUGUGUUCAGAGCAUUGUCAAAGAGGCGAGGCGAAGCAAUACUUUGGUGGCGACAAGUGUUGUUGGAGCUGUAUCAAGUGUUUGAAUUAUUAUAUUGUUGAUCGUACCGACGAAUCUGAAUGUUACGAAUGUCCAAUGGGAACUCUGCCAAAUGAAGAUCACACAAUUUGUGUCCAGAUUGAAGAAAAAUAUCUAAAACCUGGAGACCCAUCAGCCAUUUUCUCCAUGUCGUUUUCACUAAUCGGUAUAAUAAUUACGGUCACAAUCACAUUUAUUUUCAUUGCCCAUAAUGAUACGCCCGUCGUCCGGGCGUCGUCUCGAGAAUUGAGCUAUGUUUUGCUGGCUGGAUUGUUGGGAUGUUUUGGAUUAACUUUUCUCUUUGUCAUUCGACCGAAAUCUUGGCUUUGUGGAGUGCAACUAUUCCUGACCGGGUUUAUUUUCACGGUUGUGUACGCCGCCCUCUUGACAAAGACUAAUAGGAUAGCCCGAAUUUUCCAAGCAGGAAGGAAAUCGGCUAAGAGACCCAGUUUUAUCAGUCCGAAAAGCCAGUUGGUGAUUUGUGGUGUUAUUUGUACAGGGCAGAUGUUUAUAACUACAAUGUGGUUAUUAAUUGACCGUCCCCUCGCCACCUACUUUUAUCCGACACGGGCCGACAACUUCCUCAUCUGCUCAGCCUAUAUCAACCAUUCUUACAUUGUGGCGUUUUUCUAUCCACUAAUGAUCAUCGGUACUUGUACCGUGUAUGCUGUAUUGACCAGGAAGAUACCCGGAGACUUUAACGAGUCGAAAUGCAUCGGAUUUACCAUGUAUACAACUUGUAUCAUCUGGCUCGCAUUCGUCCCGAUUUAUUGGUCGACCGGGUUGCAGGUUUCCUUGCGCAUAUUUUCCAUGACCAUUGCCAUCUCUCUGUCCGCCUAUGUCAUGCUGGUGUGUCUCUUUGGUCCUAAACUGUACAUCAUAAUUUUCCAUCCCGAACGAAAUAUCCGGCAAUCUAUGAUGGCGCCGAGUCAAAGACAUGCAAACGUCUCUAUGGCGACGGGCCAAGUAAAAUUGGAAAUGGGUGGGAUCAAGGGGGACGAUUUAGUGGGGAAAAAUGUUAACGGACUGGACAAACUUGUCGUGGUUGAUAAUUGGACAUCUAUGGAGGAACCCAUCACCAUAACAAUCACACCCACUCCGACACCAUCGGCCAAACAGAAAAUUCAAAUUCACCCCGUCUCCAACCAAACGACGCAAACGGACGAUUACUUGACUCUUUCCGUGGGAAAUUCGUGCGGUAAAAAUUUCAACUGUGAGUGUGGUGCUGGUGCGGUAAGUGACCGGAGCGGGUUACACCAUCGAUUCAGCUUCAAGAGGGAGAAAGUCUUUAAUGAGGAAAUCGUGGACUUUCACGGGAACGGAGAAGACAUCGAGAAGGAAGUCAUUCUCUGAUUUCUUUGGACUCUCUCUCUGAUUUUUUUGAUUCGGGGUGUACAUUUCUCUUCAUGCAAACAAAAAACUA